CGGGGCCGCAUCGCCUCCUCCAAGCAGCGGGAAGGGCAGGGCUGCGCUCGGCAGCAUCUCGGGGCGUCCGCCGGCCGGGCCGCGCGCCGCCUUCCCCGAGCUCCCGGCAUGCCGCGGGGCCGCGGGGGCCGACAGCGCGCGGCGCGCCGGAAGUGGUCCCCGCCCGGCGUGGCUGCGGCGAGCUUCCCGGCGGAGAGCGGGCUCGGCGUCCGGGGCUGGGGAGGCGCUGGUGGGGAUACCCUGGGGUGGAGAAGGCCCUGGAGGGGGAGACGCUGGAGAUUGUUCAUAGUCAGAAACAGGCCCAUGGAGGGAGCGAAGAUGUCCGUGGACCCGAUGGCCUACGAGACCCAGUUCUUCGGCUUCACGCCGCAGACCUGCAUGCUCAGAAUCUACAUCGCGUUUCAGGACUACCUGUUUGAGGUGAUGCAGGCCGUCGAGCAGGUUAUCCUGAAGAAGCUGGCCGACAUGCCAGGCUGUGAGAUCAGCCCCAUCCAGAUUCGCAAAUGCACCGAGAAGUUUCUUGGCUUCAUGAAAGGCCGUUUCGAUAACCUUUUUGGCAGAAUGGAGCAGCUGUGUCUGCAGCUGGUCCUGCGCAUCCCCCCGCACGUCCUGCUUCCGGAAGAUAAGCCUCAGGAGACGCAUCCUUGUACCGAGGAAGAAUUCCAGCUUCUCCAGGAAGAAAUCGAACAGCUGCAAGAGAGGUAUAAGACUGAAGUCGGCACUAAGCAGGCCCUCCUCGCAGAAUUAGAGGAACAAAAAAUCGUUGAGGCCAAACUUAAACAGACAUUGGCUUUCUUUGAUGAGCUGGACAACUCCGGCAGAGAUCAGGGGACUAGUGACUUUAGGGAGAGCUUGGCGUUCCUGGUCCAGAACUCCAGAAAACUCCAGACCAUCAGGGACACUGUGGAGAGGGAAAGCAAAAGAAUGAAAAUAUCUUAAUUUCUCAGGAGGCACAGGAGCUCAUCGGAAAGCAGAACAGCAGGGAUUUCUGUCCUGACACUCUUGUGUGCUGUCCGUGCUACGGGACUUCCUUUGUUUGCUCUUCGUCCCGCCCUGCACCUCCCUCUGUCUUGGUCCGCUCUGCUGAGGUUGCUCUCACCAUCGGGGACUAAUCUCUGGAGCGUCUGUUUCCUGGAGACCUCUCGACGGCGGGACGGAAGCCCUGAUCCAGUAGCAACUCGCUGCGCCCCUUGACUGGAGAGGCAGGGCUCUCCCUGGCUGGUCGGAGACGCGUGUGAAGCUGUUCCUCGGUCACGGGUCCUUUGUGACCUUGGUCCUUUCAACUUACUCUCUGCAUACGAUCACAUGAAAAAAAGGUAAGGUGGGGGGUUUGUUACAGACCAGCCACUGCCCCGCGACAUAUCACAGCCUGCCUGCCCUUGGCCGCGAGCGGGGCUUCCGCAGGGAUGUCCGCUGUGGGAGAGAAGGAAGUUGAACGGCAGCCGUGAUCUUCAGUAAAAAGCACAGAACUUCAGUUCGUUCCUGAGCUGGAACCUCUCUGUGAUGGUGGAACAAUGUGGCAUCUGGGAGCCCAGCGGGGGACGACCAUGGACGGAGAAGAGGCAGAUCUCACCGGGGUAGAAGGGGAAGCCUGGAACAGAGCCAAGGGCAAAGCCGAUGUGAGCUGACCGCUGGGCAUUUAUUCAUUUUGUUCAUACUUCAGUGAGUUUUGGAAUCUGCCCCUGUACCUAGUGUUUUUAACUUAUUUAUUCAUACUCCUAAGCAUCAAGUAUUUAGUCCCCACAGUAGGGAGGUUUUAGCUGUCUUGCACUUAAAUUUGGUGGAUUCUCAUGUUUUCUUCUGAAGUGAAUCCGUGUGACACUGCAUGAAAUCAGUCCGUACGUCCCGCAGAGAAAGUGUGAAUAGCAGUGCCCGCUCUUAGACUUUGCCCUCCGUGUCUUCCUAAAGAACGGGAUUCAGACUUCUCCUUUAUGCCGGAAAGUAACUUGGGACAUUAAUGUUUGUGAUCAAAUAUUCAUAGAUUUAAGGUGCCCGUGUUUACCUGGAAUAUGUUUAUUAUGAAAGACUUUUUUUUUCCAAUCCUGUACAUGAAAUACAUAUAUUUUAAAGGC